UCGUUCGAAGAAGCACGCGCGCGCGCAUAUCGACUACUACCGCAGGCCAACCGUAUCGGGGCCAUUGAUGCUGCGAACUAGAAGGACUUGCUUCACCGCCAAGCGGACGUAAGAAUUGGUGGGUUAUCAACGUCUUCGUUGGAUGCAUAUGUUGUGACUGAGGAACCGGAAGUGCAUAGUGAUUUUGAUAGAACGUGACAGUUUCCGUUGAGCGGAUUUCUUCCCAGCUAUUGUGGAUUGGCGAGGGGAAAUUUUCAUGGAUAAUUUCCGAGCUGGUGACGAGACGUCGGAAUUUUGUGCAUUUGGUGAAACUUGUGGUGCCCCUGUGAUUAAUACGAUUGUUGUACGGAGGGCAUUCGAUCGAUUGCAUUGCUAAUUGUGAGUGAAAGGAUUGUGCGGCGGAGAAAUUUCAUUGCUAAAUUCGUUUGUUGGUUGGCGGUGCGAAGAAAAGGUGAAUGUACAAAACACAAAGUGAGCGAGGAACGAAUUGAUCGCUGCGUUGUAAUUGAUAGCUGGAAAGUCUGGUCAACAGCGUUGCGGUUCGGAUAUUUGAUUCAAAAACUAAUCCCAUGUGUGGUUAAAGAUUCACAAACCAAAACAGUGAAGGCACUUCUGGGAAACAACAGAGAAAGUUUACACUCGAAUCGACGCUCACCAUAAGUCCAUUUUUCGAUGCUACCACAAGUCGGCGAAGAGGACGAGUUCAGUUCAAUCCAUGAACUGAUUGCAGUAUCCUCCGGCUUGCGUUUGGGAUUAAGAAGAUAAUACAGUAGUUCAAAAUAGGCUGCUGUCUACAAACAUCGUUAGUUAUUAGAAAAUUUUAUAAGUCGUUAUAAGCCACUACGCAACAUUAGCAGGAUGGAAACGAGACCGCGGAAAUGGAUGAUGCUUUGGUUAGCUAACAUAGUUAGCGUAUUGUUUGUGGCAGUCAUCAUUCCACUAGCGCUGGGCGAAACCACAGCGGAUCCUCAUAGGAUAGCCAACGCGACUUGUUUCAACAGUAGUAGCAGCUCCAGCAGCAGCAGCGGAAGCUGUGAUGCGGUACCAAAGCGUCCCGCCGUGCAACGACCAAACGAGUUGGCGCAAUUCGAAACCCUUCUUGUAAGCUACGUGAAUGACGCGUUGGAUCGUAAUAUGAAUGAAAUUAUAGCUGGCAUCACGUCUGUCCCAGUCGGGGGCGGAAAUCGGACGCUUGCGAGGAAUGCUGACGUCGGUUUGUCGGAGUUUGAUUUGAGGGUCGUCAACGGUGUCGCCCGGUUUAUUGAGAGGCGUUUUUUCAAAGACGGAAAAUCAUCGCGGGCAGUUGAAACGGGGCGAUUGUUUUUCUUCAAAGGACUGAAGAAACUCGUGUGGCCUCUGCUGUUUGGGCUGCAGAUAGUGAAAACAGUUUUACUGGUUCUGUUCCUGCCCAGCAUUAUUGGGUCGCUAGGAAAAAUCGUCGGAAAAGGACUGUCAUCGGUGUCAACAUUGUCCCAUCCUGCCACGACGGUUGAAGAUCUAGACUUCAAGGACAAUUCAUACAACUCGGAUCAGGACUUCCACAUGGAUCCGAAUGGUUACCUUCCGGCGAUGGAUUCUCAACCAUCCGGGACGAGUUACAGCCUGAUGUACGACACCAACAACGCGAAUGCGGCCCUCUCGAGGCUGGGCAUUGGCGGUGGACGGGUAACGUACGUAAAUUCCGCGAACGAUUACAAUCGUCAGCAGAAGCGGAAUGAUUUCAAGAUCUUCCAUGACAUCCCCAGUAGUAGCUUGUUGCUGACUAAUUACGACCCGUUCUACAGCCCACUACUGUCCCGGCUGGACGCCGUAUUUGCCCAGAUGGGACCAUCCAGCACGGAGGAGGCGUGCCGGGAGAAACUGGUCUGUCUCAUGUACGCCAAUCCGGCCAAGUAUGCGCCCUAUAGCAAUUUGAUUUCGGCGCAGCUCAGUAGGGAACUCAACGAGCUGCGCAAGCCCGCAAGCGACAACCCGGACAUCCUGCGGUUCUUCAAGUAUAUGCGGGCGGCCAAGGAUGGCCAGGAUGGUGUGGACUGCGCUAGGGCGCACAAGGGUUGCACCGGUUACAACGACCUCACGAACCCGGCGAUGGUGACGACUUUCAAUGACAUCAACAAGUUGGUUCAGGCGAGAAAAUUUUAACGAAUGGAUGGAACGCGGAAGACAGGAUUUCAAUUUGCGAACAAAAGCGGUGACGAUUCGCUAGUCUGCAGCCUCAACAGGAAGACUCCACAGUUUUCAACCUCAAUCUGCAAACAGUCAUAAUGAUGAAGAAGAAGCGUGAGAGAAAGUGAUAGCGCGAAUGCUGGAUGUGAUGAUGGUUUUUCGAAAGGGUCCAGUCGUGCAUAAUGUAAUGUGGAAAAAAUGCAACGAAGGAUUUUCUUGAAAAACUUUCAUUUCUCCGCUGACAUUGUCUAAUGUUUGUCUCAACGGGAGGAAUCCAUAUCGCGAAAUUGAAAUGUUUCGCACUCCAAGGAAGACAACUGCCAGCGGAAUUAAUGUUAGAAUGAAAUGUGCCUGUAACUUAUUUAUUUUGUUUUUAAGUACGCUUUUGCUCGGGUUAAAUUAUUUAUUUAUUUAUCUGUUUUCGUAACUUGUUCUCACAGGACAUAAAAGAUUCAUGUUCGCCGGAUCCUGAGUGCUUUUCGAAACUUGACUCUGAAACUACCUGUAUUGAUCUAGCUAAUUGAUCAGUUCAAUCUAGGUUAGAGUUAAUCGUAUCAUCUAGCUUGAUUGUUAGAUGUGAUGAUAGAAGUUAGGGUAAUCACAUUAGCUGUAAAUCGAUAGGAUAUUAGCACCGAUCAA